GCUCUUUCUCCUGAUUUAGAUUGUACUCUGCAUGCGGGGACUGGAGUGCAGCUGAAGUAUGCUCCGGUCAGGCCAAUUCAAGCACUGAAACCCCUUUGUUCCACUUAGACACCCGACUGAGCGGCGGGACCCGGUCAUGGACCCUCUGACAGAGAGCCACUUUAUGGAGGAUGAAGGACUUACCAUGAAGAAGACAGGGCCUCUCCAUGAUCCCGAAGACGACGUGUACUCCAAGUUUUUCAUGAGUCACUGCUGCUACGAUGCCAUUCCAACAAGCUCCAAACUGGUCGUUUUCGACACAACGUUACAGGUAAAGAAAGCAUUUUUUGCACUGGUUGCAAAUGGCGUCAGAGCUGCACCUUUAUGGGACAACAAGCUGCAGUGUUUUGUAGGGAUGCUCACCAUUACAGACUUUAUUAACAUUCUCCACCGUUACUACAAAUCUCCUAUGGUACAGAUCUAUGAGCUGGAGGAACACAAGAUUGAGACAUGGAGAGAGGUCUAUCUACAAUAUUCUCUCAACACCCUGAUCAGCAUCACACCUGAAUCCAGCCUGUUUGAAGCCAUUUAUUCUUUACUGAAGAACAAGAUUCAUCGGCUGCCUGUCAUAGAUCCGGAAUCGGGGAACGUCCUCCACAUACUGACCCAUAAACGCAUCCUCAAGUUCUUACACAUCUUUGGCUCCAUGAUCCCAAAGCCACGGUUCUUGCAGAAGCGAAUAGAGGAGGUAGAAAUCGGAACCUUCAAGAGUAUUGCAACUGUCAAAGAGACUGAAACGGUUUUUGAUGCAUUAUCAAUAUUUGUAGAGCGACGGGUCUCAGCCCUGCCUGUUGUCAACGAACAAGGUAAAGUAGUGGCGCUUUACUCCAGGUUUGAUGUCAUAAAUUUGGCUGCACAGAAAAACUACAACAAUCUGAAUAUGACGAUGCAGGAGGCCAUUCAGGGUCGUUGGUGCUGUGUCGAGGGGGUGCUAAAAUGCUACCCCCAUGAAACUCUGGAAAUUAUCAUCGAUCGCAUUGCUGAGGCAGAGGUUCACCGUCUGGUUCUAGUGGACAAUGAGGAUAUGGUGAAGGGAAUCGUCUCGCUCUCUGAUUUACUUCAGGCUUUGGUCUUGACUCCAGCUGGCGUGGAUGCACUUUUCUCCUGACACCAGUGGAUGGCUCUCCUGUCUAGCCCCAGACAGAUUUAUGACCCUGCCUAUACCAGACAUUUGUCACUUGACUGGGCCCUGAAGAUGUGAAUGGUUUAAGACUGAAAGUGUAAAUAAUUUUUAUUGUUGCUAGCACCUUGAGAUUUGAUGUACAACUUUAAAUUUCUAGAUGUGUUCAGCAAUUUUCUUUGUAUAUUUGUGUAAUUUGUUAAAAAACUGCAAUGUUAUAAUUUAAUGUGUGUCACAAAAAAAGACAUUUUGUUACAUAUUAUUUAACAAUGACAGCUCCCUUUGACCUAAAAUCUUUAAAAUAAAAUUUUGUUAUACAACUACUUGACUUCUGAUCCUCACAUUGUAAAAAGGACUAGUUAGUCAUAUAACCCAACUGUUCCUCCUAACCUGCUAUAAUCUUAUAGUGCAUUUAUGCAUUUGUGUAUUUUAUAUACACUUUAUAUUGUGCAAAUUAACAAAUUAACCUGUACACAACUUUAUCAUCAUACAAUUUGAAGGUGCAAUUGUGUAACUUUUAGAAGGAUUUCUUGAAAGAUAUGCAAUGUAAUAGAGGGACCUUGUGGUGCCAUCACAAAAAGAAAAAAAAAUCACUAUUGUGUACCUUCUCUGGUUGUCUUCCACAUCUGUGGAAUGAUCUGCCGGUUGCGACAAGAUCUGCUGACUUUAAGAAUUGGCUAAAAACCCAUCUCUUCCACCAACACCUCAAUGCUAAUGUCUUUUUCUGUUUUCUAUUUUCCAAUCUAUCUUUAUCUUCUGUCAUAAAAAAACUACUAACCCAUGGUAUACUGUGUUAGACUUGCUGAGACUAGAUCUAGUGCACUUAUUGCUGUUCUUGUGUUGCUCUAAUUGCUUCUAUUGUUACCUCAUUUGAAAGUCGCUUUGGACAGAAGCGUCUGCUAAAUAACUAAAUGUAAAUUUACAUAACAAUAUUAUCAAUGGUGUAUUACGAAAUGAGCUGUAUUGUUUUUAUUACCUUAGAAUAAGCUGUUUUAUCUACAUACACCAUGGGUCCCCCUAAGUGGAAGUCGCCAUUUUGCGACGCCAUGUUUCUACAGUAGCCCUAAACAGACAAACUGCUCUACAGAGCACGUUUUGUCACUACAUUGUCUCAGACAAUAACAAUGUUGUACCGUUGUAAAGCUACGUUUGCUACCGCAGCUUUACUUUGCCUUUUGAAAGGGAGAGGCGAGCUGUUGACUGAAUAGUUGGUUGCAAUUCACAAUCUCACCGCUAGAUGCAGCCAAAAAUCUAUACUGUGGACCUUUAAUUAUUUUCAGAAGACACUGUAAAAAAAUUGCAGCAUUUUUUUUCAAAUCAACAUAUUUUAUGCUACUUUAACUUAAAAAAUUAAGUUAAACAAUUUCAACUUGAAUUUAUAAGUUAUGUCAACUUUUUUAACACAAAACUAAAAAUAGUAGGUUGUUUUUGGCCUGCAACAACAAAAGGUAUGUAAAUAAACUAUAUGUGUUACUCUGCCUGUGAAAACCAGGUCUCAAAUGAAAUUCUAGCCUCAUAGUUUGAUUUCAGUCAUUUCACUAUUAUUUCAAUCUUACUCCGUCAAUAGUAAAGAUAUCAAGGUUAGAUUUUACAAAAUGUUCUUUCUAUUAUGUAAGAUUAUAAAAAAGUGACAUAUCUGGGUUUUUACAGGCAGGGUCACAUUUUAAGGCAACUAUUAGUGCUUAUGAACAAAACAUUUAUUAUCAUGUGUAUUCGUUUUUUCUAGUAAAGGAAUCGCACUAUACAUGUAUUAAAUAAUUUCUGUUGCA